AUGCAGAGAGCACAAGUCCUCAACGCUUCAAUGGCUAGUUUAGUGACAACACGCUCUCAAAUUUGCAAAAAUGGAGGGAUAUCUUCACAAGCUAUGCCGCAACAACACGUGGAUGUAGGUAAUGAGGACAUCUUGCCAAGUCAAGAUGCAGUCGGGAACAAUCUAAAAGUAAAGAAAGGGACGGACAAGACGAUGGUCGCACCAGGGUCACUUGGAAAUUUCCUCAGAAUGAAAAAGAAACUAAGAGCAAAUAUGCAGCUAUCCAAACUAAAUGACCCUCUAAACCAGCUAGUCGAGAACGUGGAGAAAGCACAUAACCCGCUAGAAAACAUUUCAAGAGUGCGUGAAAUGGAAGAUGAUAACAGAUGUAGGUUUGGUUUAGUUGAUGAAGAUGAGGACUUUCAAAUCUCAGGUGACGAUUAUGUUACUGAAGAACAACUAAAUGCUGCUCGACUUGGACACAAUACCAAUGAAAGCACCCAAAUAGCUGAUAAACAGCCUGAUCGAGAUGUCCUCAUAGACUCCAGCCUCCUCCACCUGCCUUCCUACUCCCUGAACAGCCCUACCAUCUUUCGAGUCGACCACGACACGCGCCACGGCAGCGAAAAACUCUACGAUCCGAUUGUCGUCUCCAUCGGCCCGUUUCACCACCAAACAGCCCAUCUCCAGAAAAUGCAGCUGCAGAAGCUCGCGUACCUCAAGUGCCUGCUCAAACGCCGCGGUGAGUCCACCGUCGACAAAUACGUAGCAGCCGUGAGGUCCCUGGAGGAAAAAGCCCGAAACUCCUACUCCGAGCCCAUUGAGCUCAACACAGACGAGUUCGUUACGAUUCUUGUGCUCGACGGGCUUUUUGUGGUCGAGCUGCUCCGAAAGGAUCAUAUUCGCCGGCUGAGGGAGAAGAACGACCCAAUUUUUCGAUUAGAGCAUAUCCUUGUCAUGGUCCAGCGCGACCUCAUGCUCGUGGAGAAUCAGGUCCCGUUUUUCGUGCUCCACCGGCUUUUCACCAUGACAAGGAGCAAUGACGACCCAUGUGACAACAUUUUUCAUCUUGUCCAUAAUUUUACCACCAGCAUUUCGCCGUGGCCGAAGGCCUCGAAGUUUUUCAGCACACCGGAGGAAUAUAACGGUGACGAUCACCUCCUCGGCCUCGUCUACCAAAUCUUGUUCUCGUCGUUUGAGAAAUUGAAAGCCAACAGUCCCGUAAAUUCGGCCUCCUCCGAGCCGCUGAAAACAGUGGUCGAGCCCAAAAGGAGCAACUGCCACGACUUCUCAUUCGUCUACAGAAUCUUGUUCCCCUUGUUCGGGAAAACGAAAGCCGGCAAUCCCGUAAACUCGGCCUUCUCCGAGCCGCAGGAAACAGCGGUCGAGCCCAAAAGGAGCAACUGCCAUGAUUUCACAUUCGUCUACAAAAUCUUGUGCUCGUUUUUCAGGAAAAUGAAAGCCGGCAGUCACGCUCACGACGAAAAAGUUCUAUCCUUACAUUCAGCCUCCGAGCUGCAGGAAAGAGGGGUCGAGUUCGAAAGUAGCAACUACCCGCACAUCAAUUUCGUCGGGGGCGUCCUUAGAAUUCCGGAACUCUGUGUGGGAGACCAGACCGAGUCAAUUUUGAGGAAUUUGAUGGUGUACGAGCAGCUUUUCACGGAAGAGCGUCCAAAGUACGUGACGGACUACACCUUCUUCUUACAGUGCCUCGUGAACCAGUCGAGGGAUGUGGAGAUAUUAAGGCGGCGCGGGAUUUUGGAAAACUUGUUGGGCGGAGAUGAGAUGGUAUGCCCUGUUUUCGCAAGUCUCGGGAGAAAUACCAUGAUAUCGACAUGCGAUUUUAACGCGGGUGUUUACGAUGAGGUGAACAGAUAUUGCAGCCGGCGUAGGAACAGGUGGAUGGCGGUUUUGAGGCGGGAUUAUUUCAGUAGCCCGUGGUCGUUUAUCAAGUUUUGUGCAGCUUCAUUGCUGCUGUUGUUGACGGUGAUACAGACUACGUUUGCUGUCCUGGGUUAUUGGAAGCCCAAUAACUGA